GUCUCUUCCGGGUCAGCACGCCGGAAGCGAGCAGGCGGACACGCCGCACAGCCGCUGCUGACUCUCCUGAUGUUGAACCGGAGCGGAGACACGUGAUGAGUUAAGUUUCCAUGAAGAUGAGAGGAACCUGCCUGAGCGCAGCACAGACAUCUGGACCUGCCCUGGAGGAGAGUUAACCCCCCAUGGCCUGCCAGUCUGCAGUCAUGGACGAGCAGGCCCUGCUGGGGCUCAACCCCAACGCCGACGGCCGCUACAGGCAGAGGGCGAUGGCGUACUUCGAGCAGCUGAAGGAGUCCCAGGACGCCUGGGAGGUUUGUGCUGAGGCGCUCGCUAAAGGAAUUUACAGUGACGAUCACGUGAAAUUCUUCUGCUUCCAAGUUCUGGAACAUCAGAUCAAGUUCAGACACGCUGGUCUGAGCGCGGUCCAGCAGCAGAUGAUCCGAGAGACUCUGAUGAAGUGGCUCCAGGGCCAGCUGAUGAACGCUCAGCCGGAGAAGCCCUUCAUCAGGAACAAGGCGGCGCAGGUGUUCGCCCUCACCUUCGUGAUGGAGUACCCGGCGCUGUGGCCCAAGUUCUUCUUCGACGUCCUGUCUCUGGUGGGUCUCAACCCGAACGGCGUGGACGUCUACCUCCGCACGCUGAUGGCCAUCGACGCUGAGGUGGUGGACAGAGACAUCCUGCACUCGCCCGAGGAGACUCGUAGGAACAUGUUGAUCAAAGACGCCAUGCGGGAGCAGUGCAUCCCGAGCCUGGUGGAGUCCUGGUUCCAGAUCCUGCAGACGUACCAGCGCUCCCACCCGGAGAUCACCUGUCAGUGUCUGGAGGUGGUCGGGGCCUUCGUGUCCUGGAUCGACCUCAACCUCAUCGCCAACGACCGCUUCGUGAACCUGCUGCUGAGUCAGAUGUCGGUGGCCGAGCUGCGAGAGGAGGCCUGCGACUGCCUGUUUGAAAUCGUCAACAAAGGAAUGGACCCAGUGGAUAAAACCAAACUGGUGGAGUCUCUGUGCCAAGUGCUGCAGUCAGCAGGAUUCUUCAACGUGGAGCAGGAGGACGACGUCGACUUCCUGGCUAAGUUCUCCCGGCUGGUGAACGGGAUGGGCCAGAGUCUGGUGCUGAGCUGGACCAAGCUGGUCAAGGCGGGCAGCGUGAAGGAGGCGGCCGAGACGCUGCAGGCGGUGGAGGCCAAGGUGCCGCUGCUGCUGCAGCUGCUGGUGCACGAGGACGACGACAUCUCAGCCAACAUCGUGGGCUUCUGCUACGAGUACCUGCACGUCCUCAAGCAGCUUCCUCAGUUGACGGAUCAGCAGAAGACGAGCAUCGAGGCCGUCAUGCUCGCCAUCAUGAAGAAGCUGACCUACGAUGAAGAGUACAACUUUGAGAACGAGGGCGAGGACGAGGCCAUGUUCGUGGAGUACAGGAAGCAGCUGAAGAUGCUGUUGGAUCGUUUGGCUCAAGUUUCCCCUGAGCUGCUGCUGGAGGCCAUUCGCAGAGUCUUCACCAACACCAUGCAGAACUGGCAGACGGCCUCGUUCUCGGAGGUGGAGGUCGCCAUCAGGCUGCUCUACAUGCUCGGCGAGGCCCUGCCGGCGUCUCACGGAGCUCAUUUCUCCGGUGAGACGGUGAAGACGAGUGCUCUGCAGGACAUGAUGAGGACGCUGGUGUCGUGUGGCGUCAGCAGCUACCAGCACAGCUCCGUGUCUCUGGAGUUCUUUGAAACCGUCCUCCGGUACGACAAGUUCUUCCUCGUGGAGCCGCAGCACAUUCCCAACGUUCUGAUGGCGUUUCUGGACCAGAGAGGACUGAGACACAACAGCCCGAAGGUUCGAAGCAGAGUCGCCUACCUCUUCUCCAGAUUCGUCAAAACGCUGCAUAAACACAUGAACGGCUUCAUCGAGGACAUUCUGACCAGGAUCCAGGAUCUGCUGGAGCUCGCUCCUCCUGAGAACGGCUUCCUGGCGCUGCUGACCAGCGACGACCAGCUCUUCAUGUUCGAGACGGCGGGGAUUCUGAUCGUGAACGGAGAGAGUCCGGCUGAGAGGAAGCGGGCUCUGAUGAGGAGCCUGCUGGCGCCGCUGAUGGACGCCUUCCACCCGCUGCUCGCCAAGCUGCUGCAGGAGACGGAGGAGGAGCGACAGGCCGCCCUCGCCGACUGUCUGAGCCACGCUGUCGGAUUCGCCAGUCGGACCAGUAAGGCCUUCAGCAACAAGCAGACGGUGAAGCAGUGCGGCUGCACCGAGGUCUACAGGGACUGUCUGCAGACCUUCCUGCCUGCACUGAGCUGUCCCGUCCAGCGGGGGUCGCUGCGCAGCUCGGUGCGCUCCUUCCUGCACCGGAUGAUCAUCUGCAUGGAGGAGGAGGUGCUGCCGUUCGUCCCCGCCGCCUCCGAGCACAUGCUGAAGGACUGCGAGGCCAAAGACCUGCAGGAGUUCAUCCCGCUCAUCAGCCAGAUCACCGCCAAGUUCAAGCGCCAGGUGUCCCCCUUCCUGCAGCAGGUCUUCAUGCCGCUGGUCCUCGCCAUCUUCGAGGUGCUGGCUCGGCCGGCGGAGGACAACGACCAGGCGGCCGCCCUGGAGAAGCAGAUGCUGCGAAGGAGCUACUUCACCUUCAUCCAGACCAUCACCGGCAGCGGCAUGAACGAGGUGAUGGCCAACCAGGGAGCUGAAAACAUCGAGCGGGUGGUGUUCACCAUCAUCCAGGGGGCGGUGGACUUCCCCGACCCCAUCGCACAGAAGACCUGCUUCAUCGUCCUCUCCAAGCUGGUGGAGCUGUGGGGAGGUAAAGACGGGAUGGUGGGAUUCCCCGACUUCAUCUACAAACACAUCGUCCCUGCUUGUUUCCUGGCUCCUCUGAAGCCGACCUUUGACCUCUCCGACGCUCAGACCGUCCUGACGCUGUCAGAAUGUGCCGUCACGCUGAAGAUGAUCCAUCUCAAACGGGGGCCCGAGUUCAUCCAGUUCUUACAGCAGGAGUAUCUGCCCUCGCUGCAGGUGGCGCCAGAGAUUUCACAGGAGCUUUGUCAAGUUCUCCAGCAGCCGGACGUCAAAGUCCUGAAGAACUACAUCAAGGCGUUCUUCCAGCGAGCGAAGCUGUAGGAAAUGAAACUGGAAGUUCACUGGGACUGAAGGACUCUCCACAGGAAGUGGGCGGACACGCUGCUCUACAACAAAACAACACAUGGAACUUAGCCUAGGAGCUGCUCUUGCACUUAAGAAGUAAAUGCACAACAAAGCCCAGUCCGUCUGCGUCAGGGAAUCGGACAGAAGGUCAGUGGACGUAUCAACGUCCUCAGAGAGACGAGCUGUCCACGUGGACUCGAGACGCGGAGGACGCUCGGAGAACUUUGUGGAAAAUGUUUGUGUGGAAAAGGACUCUGAGGGGGGGGGCGUCUGAAAAGAUCCCGACGCUUCUGAGACUCGAGAUCUUUGUUCUCCUGGAACCUUCACAGCAGGAAACACAUUUCAACACAAUUUGAGAUUUUUUUCGUUUGCUGCCACAGAAAGUGAUAAAAAGUGCUGAGUCACAUCCUCUCUUUAGAAUGUGGCUUUGAUGAUUUAGUUUAACGUGCGGAGGCCGGUGGGUUUUAGUUUGAAGUGAAACGUUUCAGCUCGACUUCUUUUUCCUUCAUUUAAAAACAAUCCUUUCUGUUUUGUCUCUUCGUUGAUCACAUGAUCGGAACCGAACGCUGCGUCAGUGGUGAUCGAGAUUAAUCUCCUGGAAUUCUGACAAAAUACUUUUGUCUGUUUUAAUUUCAAACUGAACUUAGACGGAGGAACAAAGUGUAAAUAAGAGAAUACGAUGUGGAAAAUGUAAAUAAAGUUCCUAGCUUUCGAUUUUUUUUUUUUACAAUCUUCACUUAACUGGAAACUAAACGUUGAAGCUCGUUCUGCCAAAUAACGUAAAGAAAUUAAAAACUAGGAAUGAUUUAAAAAAAAAACAUAAAAAGCUAUUAAAAGAAUCACAAAAGUAUUCACAAGUAUUCUGACGCAUGUCUUUACCUUGAAGGAAAAUCUCUCACAAUUCAAUGUUUGAGGCAAGAUUUAGAUUCUCAAAGGGAAAUUUACUAUUUCGUUGACGCAUUAAAAUUGAAGCAGACUUAGUAAAAAAUAUAAACUGUUAUUCCGAAAGUAUUAAUUGACUUGUUUUUGUUUCCCGAAUUAAUGUCAAAACAAAAAUAUUUUUUCUCCUUUUCUUGGCAGCAACAAGCUUCUUUAGAAACAGAAACUCGUUUGUAGGCGUUGCUCGUGCACGGCUGCUCUAGAAACAGGAAACUGCUUGUGCACGGCUGCUCUAGAAACAGGAAACUGCUUGUGCACGGCUGCUCUAGAAACAGGAAACUGCUUGUGCACGGCUGCUGUAGGAACAGGAAACUGCUCGUGCAAGGCUGCUCUAGAAACAACGGAACCAGUUCAGUGAAUUUAAAUCGAAGCUUUCGAAUGAUUAUACAAAAAAUUCCUUUUUGCAAAGAGACUGUGAAGCAGCAUGAAACCAGACGCUGAGAUUCAGAAUCAACGUAACGACGACUCUGUACAGAACCUGAUUUUUUUUUUAUCAAUAUCUCAGUUACAGAAAACACUUUGUUUCCACCAUUAACAUUUUGUCAUGUUUAGUUUGUUUUAUUUUCCUUCAGCUUUAGUUAAAUGUGGUUUUCCAGAUGGCAAUGUUGAUGAGAAAAUAAAAUCUCACCUAAAUAACUGAACUAAUAGUUUUGGAUGGUCCAUAUGUAAAAGAAAAGGGACAUUUUAUUUUAUGACACUUAAAGGGUCAUUAUGCUGAAGUUCAGUGAAUCUACAAAGUUUGAUUUGAUCCUGAGUUUGACCGAAUCUUUAAGUUUAUAUCAUUUACUUUUUCGAAAAAUCCUCUAGGGAUAAAAAUAUACUUUGUUUUUCCUAAAAUUAAACCCAAACUAGACGACAGGGAAACACUCGGAUGUUUCAGGAAGUAACCCUGAGUGUAAAGUUGUGAUAUCAGAAGUUUGUUUGGUAAAGAACCCGGUCAACACGUUCUGAUGAUCGGACACAUCCGGUGCAGCUGCAGGUUUAAAUCCUACUGGACCAGUUCCUUCACAGAAUUCUUCUCUUAAACAUUAGAACCUUUAUUUAACUUGUCGCUUGUUGAACUGUCCCUUUAGUUUUCAUUCUGUGACGACACGUCUGUAGAGAAACAAAGUUCCCCCUCCUUCACCACCAGGUGUCGCCACACUGAACCUGGACGUAGUUUAAACACAGAAAACAAUCCUGUUCAGUUGAAGUUUAGAGAUGAAUUUAUAUGUUUGUUAGUUUUUGUUGUUUCCAGCUGAACGAGCCAACGUUUGCUCGUUUGUAAAAAUUCGCCAAAUAAGUUUGAUGGUUGAUGCUGAACUUUUCUGUUAGAACCAAUAAAGUGUUUAUUCAUCUGAAA